UGUGACACUUCGUGUAAGAUCUCUGAUUACCCUCCUCCAGAACUGGAUAUCAAAAAAACAAUUUUCAUCUGGUAUUUGGAAACAUCUGAAGGGAAUAAAAUAGAAGAACUUUGUUCAGUUAUUGCUGGAGAACAUUCUUCAAAUAGACCUGGUUCAAGACUGGAUACAAUUCAGUUAAAAAAUGGAAAUGCCGCCCUUUUCCUUCCACAAAUACAGCUGAAUGAAGAGGGCAAAUAUACUUGUGUUGUGAUUGUUGCUUCUCUUAGAGCUGAAGGAGCCACGAUUUUAGAUCUAGUUGCUGAACCAACUGUCCAACUGUCUCCCAAGGAACUUGAAAUUGAAGAAGGAAAUGUAAAGACAUUGACAUGUACAGUGAAUAAAUUCUAUCCUCAUUCAAUUUUCAUUCUUUGGGAAAAGCAUUCUAAGAACACGUCGGAUAAAGGUGUACUUACAGAGGAUAUUUGCAUGGGAACUUCUGUGAGAAAUGGUGAUGGCACUUACAACACCACCAGCAAACUGAGUCUUCAACCAUCUUCACAAGAUCAAGGAAACGUCUAUAGUUGUACUGUGAAGCAUAUGUCAUUUUCCAGAUAUCCAGUCUACAAUGUAACUUUAACAGUAACAGAACCUAAGUCGAUCACUUACUUAAAAAUUAUGAUGGUUUUAUGUUUUCUGUUUCUAAUUCUAUGUGUGUGCCAUCUAUACAUUGUCUUUUUAAAGAAACGUCCACCAUCCAUGAAAAUGGUGGGUAGUAAAGAACUGAAGCAUCUGGAAGAAACGUCGUUACAGUGCUUGAUUUCACACUUUCGACCAAAGCCUUUGCAUGCAGACCUCUUCUUAGUAACUGAACCCCAGAAUACAAAACAGAAAAUAGCCUCUUGGCAUACAACAUCAGUUGAAGAACCUAUGGAAGAUGAUGAAAAUGUCCUCCUCCUCAGGAACUUGGAGGACAUGUUUAAAGUUUAUCCCGAGUUGAAAUCAAAACCAGGAAACUAUUUUGACUUCCAGUGGAAAAUCUGCAUAAAUCCAGAUAUACAGAAGCUGAAGAAAUUCGAACUUUUAUUGGAAGUUAAACAUAAGGGCUUUCAGCAUGGAUUGGGCACUGAAAGGAAAUCAUUUAAAGUCAAGGCCUUACCAAUGCUUCAUGAAGUUCAUUGUUCCACAAAUGUGCCAAGAUCAAAUGAACCACUCAUUCUUAGUUGCAAAAUUCAUUCUUAUUUUCCGGGCACCCUUGAAGUCUGUUGGAGUAACGAUGAUGGAAUUCUAGACAGUUCUUUUUCAACUCCACCCACAAAAGGUGCUGAUGGGCUUUACUUUUGCAUCAGCGAGGUCCAGUAUUGCCCCCAGGUGGCAGAUUCUGGAAAGAGGUUUGUCUGCAGAGCUAAGCUUCAAGGCUCACGAGUAUACAAAGAAUCUACGUGGCAGAUGAACACUGUGGUACUUGCCCCCAAAGUUUACAAAAUUGAAUGUAAGCCUCCUAUACCCGAGUGUGGGAAACCCAUCACAUUGAGUUGCUUAUUGACAAAAUACCAUCCACCCGAGUGUGACAUUUAUUGGAGAAAAGGCUUUGAAGAGCUCACGGAUGCUACAGUUAAAACAGAGGAGCCCCAGUUGGACCGAACGUCAAAGCUGUACUCUAGGACAAGUGAAAUAACCUUUAUACCCAGCGCAGAAGACCAUGAAGUAGACUUCUUUAUUGAAAUAAAUCACUGUAACAAAAUUUUACAGGAGAGACAUACAAUCAUGUUGCAAGAUUUUCCCAAACUUUCAAAUAUUGUUAUUGAACCAAGUAAUGCAGAUUAUGGAGCAACUGUAAAUUUAAUUUGUGACAUCACGGAUUUCAAUCCUAAAGAAAUUUGUGCUCAAUGGUUUCUGGGAGAUAAAUCAGUAACAAAUGAUGCAGUCACAGAGAAUUUAGACAUGGCCUCUAAUGGUUGUUACAAAUUAAGUUCUGUGUUGGAACUAAAAGCUACUGCUUCAGUUUGUGAUAAGGCCAUUUGUUUCAAGGUGAGCCAUGCAAGAUUGACAAAGCCUAUUACAAGAGAAGUAUAUCUAAAACUUCCAGGUGCGUACCAAAAUGUUUUUGGAUUUAUUCAUCUUCUGAUGUUAAUUGGUGAAGUUGGGUUGAGUUUACCCUCUUUAGGCUUUAUUAAAAGGAAUGGAAUUGAACACAGGUGUGGCACCGCCUCAUUUCCUGUAAUGUUACUUAAAAACAAAUGUCCCUGCUUAUAGCACUGUGGUCUGUCUUUUGUUGUGUCCUUUGUGUUGUGGAUACCAAGAUUUAAGCCAUAGCCCAGGUAUGACAUCCCUGGGACAGAGGUGCUCAUCAUCACUCUGAGUCCAUCUCACUUUCUUAACUUUUUUGACCGCACUGUGUGGACACCAUUGCCUUUUUGUCAUGUGUGGGAGAAUAUUUAUAGGAUAAGAUCAUCUUACCUACAGUAAGAUGCAUAGAUAUCCAUUUCCAACCUCAAUGACACCCAAAUAAUGAAGCGUAAUACUUGAAUUGCAAUUGCACAUCACAAAACACACACACACACAUUCUCCUCAUACUGCAAAUGUCUAUGCUAUCAUAUGCACUGCUGUUACUGAAUUUCAACCAAGUGAUGGAAACAUAAAGAAAACUGUAGAAUACGUAUAUGUUUGUUUUGUUUAUGCACUUUUUUGUUGGUGUAGUCUUGCUUAGCUUUAUUUUGGUUUUGCAUAUUUUUCUCUUUUUUGAGAGUUUGCAUUUUAACGUUUUCAGUAAAAUAAAAAUUGAGAAAAACAACAACAAAAAGGGUUGUUGUGUCCAGCUUAAACGGUCAGCCAUAGAGAAGGUUGGAGACAUGAUUUCCAUUCAUUGGUUUUUGUUACAAAUGGUAUAGAAAGUGUUUUCACCUUGUGCUUGGUAAAAAUUGUGGAGUUGGUCUUAUACAGUGGUCUCAUGCAAUAGUUCCCUUAUGCAAAGACUCCAGAGGAUCAAUCCUUAAAGUAUUUUCUUACAUUAAAAGUCGUUCUUUCAUUAAUCAUAUUAAGCCAAGGUAUGGAAACAUAUUACAGUAUUUACAUUGUCUUCCCUGCUCAAUAUUUUUUCUUCUC